GUUCUGCAUAUAGCCCUUGGUUUCUUUCACAACUAAUUUAAUUCUAAAUUUGGUAUAUUUUCUUUAGAGGUUAUUUCUACAAAUUUUCUCUUGUAUCAAUUGUGAUAUCAUUAAUCUUUAGAACCCCGCUAAGUGCUCUGUAAUCCUUAUUUGUUUUGUGCCCAGUAGGGGUGAUUGUACUGCCCAUUGGGUGUUUCUUUCACCUCAUCCCCCAUUCCAGUCAAUUAUCUUAGAGGUUAAAAUCAUGUAUCUGGUUGCAUGUUAGACCUUGUAAAAAAGAAGCAUUCAGACAGUUUUGACAAGAAGUAUAGUAUAGUUCUGCAUAUACCCCUUGAUUUUUUCACAACUAAUUUGAUUUUGAAUUUGAUAUAUUUUCUUUAGAAGUGAUUUCUACAAAUUUUCUCUUAUACCAACCCCAAUAUCAUUAAUCUUUAGAACCCAGCUUAGUGAUGGACUGUCUGAAUUGGGGUGAGCAGCAGCAGAAAGAAGUAAUGGGUCAGCUGAAAUCUAAGCCUGAUAUCUAUGAGCAUUAUGCCUCCCCUGUUCUGUCUCUUCCUUCCUUUCUCCCUCAAAGCCCUGGUGCAUUGGAAGGGCUCAUUAAUCCCUGUUAUGUCAACAGAAAUUUAUCAGAAAAGAAUUGUUUCCCUAGGUUGCAGGCUGGCAUAGAUGAUUGCAAUCACAAGAAUAACUACAACUACAGCAUCACAAGACCACCACCAGCAGCAAGCAUGGCGGCUAGGAAGGAGAUGAUUUUCAGGGUAGCAGCCAUGCAGUCGGUAAGCAUAGAUCCUGAGAGCAUUAAGCCACCCAAGCGCAGGAAUGUGAAGAUAUCAAAGGAUCCACAGAGCGUGGCUGCAAGGCACAGGAGAGAGAGAAUAAGCCAAAGAAUGAGACUUCUACAGGCUCUGGUUCCUGGUGGCACCAAAAUGGACACUGUCUCCAUGCUGGAAGAGGCAAUUCGUUAUGUUAAAUUCUUGAAGAGCCAACUCCAUGUCCUAGAAACUGCAGCAUUCAGCCCAUUCAACAAUCUCAAUUCAAAUACUCAGCUUAGCAGAUGGUAGUUAUUGGGUUUCUCAUCAGUAUAGGGAGAGAUGUUCAAUAGAAUCCACCCCAGAAAUGAUUGUAACCGUCUAUCAAAAUUGUCUUGCAGGGUUUUUGUAUGUUUAUGUCCGUAUUUGAUUUGAAGAGUUUUAGAGAUUUACCAUUUGCAGGAAUAAAAAAGCAAUAAAAUUGUUGCUCAUAUGGAUGUAACUCCUUGUUCAGUGAAAAGAUGAAAGUAGAGAUUCAUGGCCUUGCGUGAACAACAAUACAUCU